CCAGUAUUUGUCUAAUUGGAACAAUUCCACAACAACUCUUUACAAAUUAUCCAGAACAUAUUUUUAAUUGUUUUUAUAUAGACCAGAAUACCCAUCUCCUACAACUCAACUGUACUGAUCAGACCAAAUCAUAUAGCACAAAAUUGAAAUUACUACUGCAAAAUAAUUAGAGAUAAAAAAAAGGGAAAUAGCGAUGGAGCUCACCGCCAUGACCUCAGGCACCACAACGAUGAGCUUGCCGCCGCUACCGGACAUGCCAUCUCCGUGGCCUUGCCACCGCCACGACGAGCUCAACACCGAUGUUGAAUUUGCUCGCGCUGUGUCUUCUGACCCGCCAUCUCUAAGACCUCGCCCUCAAUGAUCGAUGUGACCGCCGCUCCUCUAUUGUUUACUCCACCGCUCAUGCUGCUGCUCUCACCAUUAUCGAUGCUGCUUGUACGCCGCGGACGUGACCACCAUCGCCGCCCAUGGUUGCUCGCUCCACCACCGUCCCCACCGCUACUUGCUUUACCACAGUCAACGCCCAUUUCCCAACUGGAUGCAGUUGACGCGACCGUCGCUACUCUUUCCAUCCCAACCCCUGUUGCUGCUCCGUCUACCGCUGCCACCCCUACCACGCUCUCCGCCGCUGACACGCCGAUAUCCAUCUUACGCUGACGCCCUACGAGUAGACAAGGAUAUUUUGGUUCAUAUAUGUUUCAGGUGUAUAGCAUAGCAUGUUUCGAUUUUAACAUAUUUACAGUGGCAUCGUUCCAAUUAAACGAAUUGCAGUGACAUUUUCUAAAGUUAUAAUCGCAUGAUCCAAUUAACCCAAUAAUUAAUCUUGUUUUACUAGUAAAUUAUAGUCGCUGUUCGCAACUGCUUAGCCAUUCCAUUCCGCCGCCACCACGAGACGGCGAAUCCCCAAUCCCCCGGUCGCCGCCGCCGUCGCCGCCGCCAUGGAGAAAAAGAAAGAGAAACCCAACCGCAAACGCCGCAAACCUCGGCAAGACCCCUCCCCGGACUCCGGCCCCGGCCCCGACUCCGACUGCUCGCCGCCGUCCUCCCCGACCUCCCUGCGCCGCCUCCUCGACCCCUACUCCAAGCCCCGCCUCCUCGCGCUCCUCUCGGACGCCGCCGCCACCGCCGGAGCGGGAGCCGACGACGACCCCACGCUGCUGGCCCGCAUCCGCGCCGCCGCCGACGCGUCCCCCUCCCACCGCAGGCUGUUCGUCCACGGCCUGCCACCGCACGCCGACGCCCCCGCGCUCGCCGCGGCGUUCUCCCGCUUCGGCCCCCUCGCCGAGUGCGACGUCGUCGCGCGGCGCGCCACGGGGGCGUGCAAGGGGUUCGGCUUCGUCACGUUCCAGUCCCGCGCCGCCGCCCGCCGCGCGCUCCGCGAGGUGGGCCGCGGCGGCGUCGCCGUCGCCGGCCGCGCCGUCUCCGCCCAGUACGCCACCGCCGGCGCCGCGGCGGCGGCGUCGGCGGCGGGGAGGCGGGUGUACGUGACGAACGUCGCGCCGGGCGCGAGCGCGGAGCGGCUGCGCGCCUUCUUCGCGGGGUUCGGGGAGCUCGAGGGCGGGCCGUUCGGCUUCGACGCCGACACGGGCUCCUCCCGCGGCUGCGCCCUCUUCGUGUACCGCGCGGCGGAGGACGCCAGGAGGGCGCUCGAGGAGCCGUACCGCGUCUUCGAGGGGCGCACGCUGCACUGCCAGCUCGCCGCCGACCCCGCCCGGAAGAGCAAACCACGCGCGCCGCCGCCGCCACCACCUGCCCCGGCUGCCGUGGCGUCACCGCUGCCGGCGCUGCAGCCGGUUCUUGACGCCGUCGUGGCGUCCGGCGUCGGGGACCUUGCAAAGUACGCGCAGAACCCGGCACAGGCCGCGGCAUUGCUCGGGAAGAACCCGAUUCUUGCAGCUGCUGUGCUGAAUUCUGCAUUGGCAUCCACUACAGCUGCGCUGAAGCCGAACCCAGCAGCUGCAUCAUCCAUAAAUCCGGCUGCUGUUGUUGCCCGCAGUAGUCCGGUGGCUGCACCUGCAAUGAAGCCAUUGGCACCUCGGAGUCCAGCAGCUGCUGCAGCAGCGGUGGUGCCAUCUCCGGUGAAGAUUGCUGCUGGAAUAAGCGGCGGUGCAGGAUUGCUUGGGCCAUACAAGCCACCGUCCUCGCCAAUGUUGGCUUCCUCCAUUGGACAAAGGGAUCAGUGCUGAGCCUGUGAACCUCGCUUCUGGGUGUUCAACAUGGUAUGGACCAAUGGAGUAUGGGAGCAGCAAAUCUACGUCACACUCAGAGGCUUAAGUUGUUGCAUUUAUGCCUCAAACCCUCUAGGAUGCUUGUCAGUAGAUGCCUCUGUCUUUGGCUCUUUGCUAACCUGAACCAUAGAUGCAAAUACAGUUCAUGAAGCAUCCAUGUGAUCCUCUGAUCCUCUCUUCAACUUUCGGAAUUUUGUACAGUGUUCCGUACUAUCUUGACGAAACACAUUCUAAGGAGGUUAUGUUCUUAUUCAUUAGAUUUUAGCAGUUCUGUUCUUCAGGGUUACUUGUAACCAUUUUGUGUUAACAUGUUCUCCGCUCCAACUGAAUCUAACCUACUUUGUGCAGCUGUCUUGGUUUCUCAUUUGUUUAGCUAUUGCUGGAUGUUAUCUUGAGAAAACAACACUAAAUCAAUGAACAUGCUUUUUUAAAAUGUUAAUAAGCAAUCAAGAGAUGAUAUAGAC